AUGGUGACGAAGCUCACUAGGAAAGAUGUUGCCGAGCAUAACACCAACAAGUCCACGUGGUUCGUGAUAGGCAAUAAGGUCUACGACGUCACGAAGUUCCUCGAAGAGCAUCCUGGUGGUUGUGAAGUGCUCUUGGAAGUUGCUGGUCGUGAUGCCACUGAAGCCUUUGAGGACGUCGGUCAUUCUACAGAUGCUCGUGAGAUGAGGGAGCAAUAUCUUGUUGGAGAUAUUGUUGACGAGGAGAAGCAGCAAUAUUCAUAUGAUAAGAAGGAAUGGGUCACCAGCCCUAGCGAUAAUAAACAA